CGCCUUUCAGAUUCUGCUUGGGAAAGGGAAAUAGCGAUGAGGAUUAAAGAGACGGACUCAAUAUUACAAGCCCCUAACACCUGAACCAUGCGCAGAUUGAUUCGGGGUGAGCGACAGCGUGCGUGGGGUAUAAAGGGAUCUUCACUACCCAGCACCGGAUGCAUAUUUACCCAUGACAUCUGGCCAAGUUGGUCAUAGACAGAAUAUGGCUCUUUUUGCCCACCCAGAAUUUUCUGCGCGUGCAUUCACUGACCACAGAGACUUUACUGCGCCUUUUGGAGACCAAGAUGACGGUAAAGACAUGAGAAGUGAUGGGUCUGCCGCUGUCCCGUCGCCUGAACGAGGCGGAUGUAGUGAAGGUCAGCGGAAGCGCAAAAGAACCAUCUUCAGCCGUGCGCAAUUAUCGGAACUUGAGCAAGCGUUCGCCAUGACCCCAUACCCAGAUAUCACCCUCCGUGAGCGCUUGGCAGCGCACACCCGUCUUCCUGAAAGCAAAAUCCAGGUGUGGUUCCAAAACAGACGUGCCAGGAGCAUCAAGAGUGGUAGACUCCUUAAGUCAACCAAGGUUGUUCAUGGAGGAUGUGCUCCUGCAGCCUGCCAACUCCGGGGCAGAGCUCCCUCUCCUGGGCCCUCCUCCUUUUCCUCCACCCCUGCCAUGGAGCUGUUCAGGCCGGACCAGAGCCAGUGUGAGGAUGGACAGCAGCAGCUCUUCUGUUCUGACUGGCGCAACCUCUGCAACUACCCAACCUCCCACCAGCCCCCGGCCGUCUCUCCCAACUUGUCAGAGUCUCUCCUCUGGGAGGACGACUGCCGCCUUCCCCUGGGAGCCUUGCCUGCCCCUGCAGCCAUGCUCAGACAGCCCCACACCCCCCGUCCGUAUCAGGCCUGUGCCGUGGCUUCAGGGUUCAGGAACUACACGUCCCAGAGUCUGGCUGGGGGUGCCACCAGGUAUGGGGCUCACUGUUCAGUGGACCAGGUGGUGCCUUCCAACCCUCAGCAGAUGUACUGGGACAUGGGCCCUGCCCAGACACAGACCUCCAUGGGCUACAUUUCCGACCUCAUCUACAACGCUGCCAUCGUCACCAACUUUCUGGAGUUCUGAACCCUAUCGCUCCAAACUGUGACUAUGCCUCCCCUGAUAUCCACACCAUAAAUUAAAAACUCAGGCAUUGUUAUUUAUUGACCAUUCUGAAACAGAACAAUGUCAUCAAGACUGGAAAUGGAUGAUGGGAGCAUCCCUGCCUUCUCUUCCCUAUCUAAACCUCCUUCACGACUCUUCUGUCCAUCAUGUAUGUGUGUUUGUUUUUACAGUGACCAAACUGUGGUAACUAAGCAGCAUUACUUUUACAUCAAGUAGUGUGUGUGUCGUUUGCCAUCUUGUAAGUGUGGUAUAUAAAUUGGCAAAAUUAAGAAUUUAAGUUUCCCGUUUCCAGUUUACAUUAUGUUCUGUAGUCUGUGGUGUUUAGAAAGACUGUAUUGGCUGUCUGUUGUGACCUGAGAACCUAUCUGAUAUGAAAAACAUUAAGCCAGUUGUUUAGACAAACUUAUCUGGUUGUAGAGACCCACUAUCUGACCAGAGAUUUGAUCCUUGAAAUGUUUAGCUCUUUGGGGAGUAUUAUCCUUCAAAAUAUCCAGAUUAAAAUGAUUCCUUGUGGAAAGAUACCACGACAGAUAUAAUUAUUCUCUGUAGAUUUUUUCCCUGUAAGUAUGAGAUGGACAGAGGGGAAAAUGAAUAAUAAGAAAUAAAUUAGAACUGGAGCUCAGAUUCUAUCAGCUUAGCAGCUCUUUAAUUCUGGCUGGAUUUAGGUUCUGCACUGAAUUGUUAUAUGUGAGUCUACAGGACAAAUAUGACAGGAGACUGCUGGACACUGAUCUCUGCAUAUCAUAAUCAUCUUUAAUACCAAAUCAUCUUUCAAUAAACCCUUAAUCCUGGUGUCAAAUCUCAGAUCUUAGAUACUUUUUUGUAUAUUCCAGAUGUAGUUACAUGGUUUAAUCUUUCAGUUGAGAUGAAAGGACAAAUGCUUAUUUACUGAUCAUAUAUUGGUACAGUGGGGCAGGAUCAGAUCUUUAGAUAUCAUAUUAGAAUUGUUUUGCAUCCUGACAGGAGAUCUCUGUUGUUGUAGAGGAUUUAGGCUUUUCCUACUCCAGCUCACAGAGGGACAUUGUAAUUGGUUGUUUUUGUUCCCUGGGAUAGAAGGCCUCUUAGCCCCUGACAAAUCAGCAGUCCAGUUACACACCCACCCUCACCCAGUCCUGGACAUAGCCUAACCUAGGACUGAUACAAGUACCUGGACAUCUGGUAACUUGU